GCUUGAUGACGGGGAAAAGAACCCCUUUACAGGCAAGUCAGGGACAAUUGCAAAUACGGUUCGGUUUGCCCGUUGGUACCUCUUUACCGCUUGAAAGAGAGUUCAACUUUAAUCGUCUCGAAGAAUCUAGCACUCUACCUAGGUACUUUCACUCUUUGCGCACCUUAAAGAGCAUCAGAUCUGGUACGCAUUUCGCCCCAGGGCAGGGUGACGCUGGCGGUGGGCCUUUUUAGCCAACCCAAGACCCUCCAACAACCCCGUGCCUUUUCUGGUGCAUGUCGAAGUGCUCGCUCUUUGCUGACACUUGUUGAUGUCGGAAAGAACUGUCUGAGGCCAAGGUUGUGGGAUUGGUAUGUAUAGCCAUUACAUGACAAGCAGUGCUCUGUGCCACUAUAGCCCCCCUAUUUCACCUUCAGCUUGGCUGUAUGCCUGCUAUCCAUGGCUCUGAAAGUACAAUUGUCCGUCGUCUCAGCCCUUGAAGACCCCGGACAAGGCACCCCACACUUGCAGAGAGGGGACGGAUGCCACCAAUUCUGUCUCGAAUCGUUCCGGGCAUGCAGCCGUUACAAUUCCAGAGCCUCGCUGCACCACACUCCAGCAUGACCACCAGUGAUCAGUCGACAGUGGACACCGUCCGGACUUUUGCUGACCCAAUGUCUUGGGCUGAUGAGAGGUUCAGUCAGCUCACGGCCUCCGACAUCAUUCGUCGCAGCCAGCCGCAUAUUGAGAGGAGCCUGAAGGGAGCUCAUACAACAAACAAUAGCGUUAAAAUUGAUCAUGUCGCUUCCCGAGUCUUGUUCGGGGGAAGCACGAGCAUACUCACAACCUUGGCUGGACUUGGUUACUGAACAAUGUGUUCGAGAACUUAUUCGUACCAUUUCACUCAGGUGCACACGCUCGUCCACUCUUGCGGCACAUGCCCGUCUAGCCCGUCUCCCGCCUCGGCGAUGGAUCCCUCCUAUCCGCCAGUCACUAUUCCCCGGCUCCAGAAUGUUUGACUUGGACCCUCCAAUUACAGAUUCGAGCAUAGUUAUGGAGGCCAACAACCCCAAAUGCAUUCUUUCCAAGGACUUUGUUGCCCUUGGUGGGCUGCCAAUGAUUCUCUGUACCGUGAUAAUGAACUGCAUCUCAGGUAUCUUUUCUCUCGUUACUGCGUUAUCUCUAGAGAUGAACCAACAGUGUGCAUCUUCUAUGUAUGUCUUGAAUUAACUGUGACAACUCUGGCGGAGGGCGUUCCUUGCUACUCUCAGCCCAAGGGCACCCCACUGUGCGCCACGAACCUGAUUGGGGUUCUCAAUAUACGGUUUCCUGUUGGCUGGGUCUCAUUUCCUUACUGACGGCGAUAGGUCUAUUAUGAGGACAUCAAACUUCGCAUCCUCAGUCUCAUCACGGCCAUCAUUCCGUUGCUAUUCAUAGGUGGUCCUUGCCGAACCGAGACGCUACGGUACUUGACCAAAUCCUCCUCAUCAAAUUAGUAUUAGGCACCCCCGUUUCAUCAAACCCAGAAGACAACGAACGGGAUGAGCUUUUGACUCGGCGUUUCCUGCUUCGCCUUGUGUUAACAGUCUCAGCAGUGGUCACUUCUGCCCCAUCCAAGGCCACUGCCACUCCGUUAUUGCCAACCUACCAACCAAUACGCCCCACCAAGAAUCGUCACCAACUUCCAUGGCCAUGUCACUUUGAAUAGCCCUUAUCUAGACAAUUCACGAAUAUUUCUGUGGAGACCUAUCUCAAACAUGAGUGUGUUUUGUUAUUGUCGACAUGAAAGCAAAGAGAUUUUACCCCUCUCUUUUUGGGUUAUCACAAGAUAUGUAGUCCUGCCAUUUGCUUGGUUACAUUCCUUCAACAGGCGCGACGCGUCGGCUCAGCAUCUAGCCUGGGCUAGCCUUGUCGAUCCCGGUGGCGAUAGUUUGACUGUCUGACCGAAAUGUGCAAUCACUAGACUUCAAAGGCUCUUCUCCGGCAUUGAUGAUAUUGGUUUGGUGAACUUUACACCAAUACUUUAUUGGCUGUGUUUCAACAGAAUCAUUUUGUCUUAUUCUAAUAUGACAGCUGUCUAUGUUCAUCAAGAGGGUCAGUCAGCAUAGGUCGUAAGAUCUAGGUCAAGAAGUGUAUAGUUUACAACAUAUUGCGCUCUUUAUAAUGGGUGUUGUAUGAAUCCAUUCAUCUAAUAUCUAAUGAUACAGUCAAGUCUAGCUCUAGUGGCUAAAGCGAGCAACUUUUGGCUCUGAGAAGCUCCUUUACUUGUGUUUCCUGCAUAACAUUUCAGACCUAGCACGCUCUCAAAGUUGCAAAGAAUCUCUAUCUACACUAUAAACGCCGCCUGUACGGUUCUCGUUGUCUCUUGUAUUUUCAAACCAACAAAGGGACAAGCUGUUUAACCCUUUUAUUCUUUCGUGCAAGUUUGAGGCUAUUCUGGUUUGUUAAUCAGCGACAACUUGCAUUCUCAACAAGAUCUCAGGGAAACCUCUCUACUGUUGUUCAGACAGCAUGGUGUCACGAGAGAUUGGGCAUCAUGUGCAAUCGUUCUCACGACCAUCAUGCUAAAGGGGUUUCUGCGCUAUGCAACAGAGGCUGUUUACAGGCCACGGUUGAAAACAACCUUGCCAUUCUUACCUCCCUUGCCAUGGAACUCAGGCUCGAGUGACUCAGCGCUCACUUCUUGUUGCUGUGGGAAGACAGCCAGAGCGAAAGGAAGGACGGCGAAGGAGGUGAGGGCAAUCAAGCUCAAGUUGAUACCCAGGGGAAUACCCUUGACGAGUGCUGGCCGUGAGCGCACCCACGCCUUUUGCAUAAGGUUCUUGUACCAAGCUUGCCUACUCUCGAUAUGGUACAAGACCAUAGGAGGAAGAACCAUGAUAGGAGACGCUGUGAAGACUCGACUGGCUGCGGUUUGAUACACAGCGAGUUUGGCAGCAGAUUGAGACUUGCCCAGCGAGGGUACGUCUCGUUCCGACUUGCCUUCGGCGAUGAGCUUCUGCUUGUCAUCAUCCGACAGUACAGGUCGAACAUCGAUGCCCUUGACGAUCUCGUCCCGGCGCAUGAGAUAGGUGUUGAGGCCAGCGGCUGUAGCAACGGCAGCGAAGGGAAUCAAUCGACCGAGGAUUUGGCGGGUGGACGGUGUGACUUUGAGUCGAGGCACAAUGGCGUUAAGACCAAGAGCGACAGAGCAAGAAGCUCCCACGGCGGAGAGGUAUGACUUGAUCAUGACUUCGGUCGACAUGGGGGAGGACUUGUUGCCAUUGGCAGUGUUGAAUGCGACAUUGAGGGACUGGUUGAAGACUUGCCAUCCAACAAUGCCGACUGUACCCAUGCCAGGUUGAAGCAUACCGGCGGUCACGACGAGGUUGGUCAGGACAUAGCAGGACAUUCGAAAGGGAAAGAAGACGGGCUCGCCGGUGUCUGUUGCACAGUAUCUCGUCAGCUGGUGUCACGAUUGCACUCUGCCAGGGCCAUAUAUACCAGGGUGCAGCGUAGAGUCAACAACCUUCUUGGCAUGCCACAAAGAUGGGGACAUGUGCUCGAUCUUUCCCGUCUUGUAAUCCGUCACCAGCUUCUUGGCCGCCUCGAGUCCGGUCUUGCCCGCGAACAGGGUCCUGGAGAAUGCGCCAGCACGGUCAGCUCAUUAUAUUUGAGGUUGGAGGCUCAGAGUUUCAGCAAUUGGACUUACGUAGGGUCUGUAAUGCCCAUUGUAUGGCGUACCCGUCCCAUGUAUGUUUCAAGGUCAUAUUGGGAAGCGGGAAGCUCCCGCGCGCCUGGUAGCGAGGCCGACAUGUUCUAUGUGUAGAUACGGGACGGAGUCUUUGUCGGAUUCGAGAUAACGAGGGGAGUUGCUCGCGAGCAAGAGGGCGGCGGGAGGGGAAAACAGACAAGGCUCUACCUGACCUGAAGCAAAGCAAGGCGAGGCAAAGGUAAACUAUUAAUUGACCGCUAGAGGGGUUCUUGUGGACUAGAAAUGCCCGAAUGACCACUUCGUGGGACAAAAAAAUCCGGUGGAGGGGGAUUGCUCUGAAUAAACGCGACGAUAAGCUAACGUAGCCGCAGGAGAGUCCCCGCUUUCGGAGCCGGCACAUGGCUUAAUUUACGUACAUACAACCCCGGCCCGGGCUAUAAAUCGUGGGGUUACGCAUAAGGAGAAUCGGGACGAGUCCCGAGUAGAGAUGAAUAUCUCUGAAUAUCUCUAGAAUUAACAUAGAAUUUCUGGUAGAAAUUGUUGUAUAAUAGACACAGCUUGAAGUCCAAAAGACAUAUCAGGGUCAAUCUGUAUCGGGGUCGGUCCCUCAUCGGAGCAAUGAUAUCAGUCACCCAAGAGAUACCAAAAUCCUAAGCAGCAAAUCAACAAGCCGCGAUUGGCGGGUUGAUAUCCCGAGUCCCCAACUCUGAGUACCGGAUCUGCAAAAAUACAAUGCCGACGAGUUUCCAUUCAGCAAAAGAUGAAAUCCAGCAAGUAAGCUAAGCGACCACGCCAGGAUUCGAACCUGGAAUCUCUAGAGAGUUCGGAAGCUGGGGACCGAAAUCUAGCGCCUUAGCCAUUAGGCCACGCGGCCGGAACCUUUUAUUUCCGAUGAGGAGCAGGAUCACUAUUCUCUUCCAAGAUUUGCACAGUGACGUGUAAGAUCAUUGUUGUUGAUGUUUGAAUGGUAGGAAUGUCAUGGAUAUGUUGUUGAUGAACGAUUGUUUGAGUUGUGAGUUGGCUGAAAGCUUGUUUCGAGGGUGGAGUUGUGGUGAUGCUGAAUGUUCUGUGUUCAGUCGCAUAUGCGGCCACCCUAGAGGAGAUGCCUCGAUAUGGAUAGAACGUAUAAUUGGUAUUAGUUAUCAAUCAACAUCUAGUGAGCUUCUAAUUUAUAAAGCUAUUAUUGUAC